AUGCUAAAUAAAUAGCUGGGUCUACUCAUCAAUACGAUACCACUAAAUCCUAAAAAAAAGCAGAUUAAGGCUUUUUUUGAAAAUUUUUCACCCAAAAAAAAUAUAGCCAUAAUAUUUGUCCAAAUUGGAGAGAGAUUAUUAAUAACAACACAAUCUGAGACAUUCAUAAAGUUUAUACUUGCAAACAUGAGAAUCAUUCCUAAUGCGCCAUAUAUUCCACGCCAUAUUAAAAGUUUUAAUGCUUAAUAGUUAUCAACAUAAACAUCCAAUCUUUUUACCUAACAAAAGGAAGUGUUAAAAAUGAGUCCAUAAAACAUUCUCAUAUACAAAAUUUGUAAAGUUUAAUACUCAGAUCUUAAAAAACCUAUAACCAGAUACAUAAUAGAAUACAAUAUUUAAGCUAUAAGCAUAUAUAAUAUAGCUGCCUUUUUAGAAUUUUGUUUUUCUAGUAGAAAGAGAGAGUUACUAAUUUUAUCUAUCUAUUAUGAUAUCAUUUUAGCCUGA